AUGGCCGGCAAAAUCGAAGCUGACUUCACGCACGGGGAAGUUGUUAGUGUCAACCUCAAAACGGCAAACAAUGUCGUGCUCAUCCCCCAGCCGUCCGACAACCCCAAGGACCCGCUCAAUUGGCCAGUGGCCAAGAAGAUCAUGAUAUUGGUGAUCGUCUCUUACACCUCUUUUAUCGGCACCGCACAACAGGUCGCGAAUCAAUCGGGCAUCUUUGCUCAAGCAACGUUGUACAAUCGCAAGCCAAUCGAGCUAUCAUAUUCGAUCAGUGCCGAUGUCAUCGGCUCCGUCGUGGGGCCGUUGAUCUGGACGGCCGUCGCUCGACAUAUCGGUCGAACCUCGCUGAUGUUCUGGGGAACUGUUGUCUCCUUCGGCUGCAACAUCUGGUCGGCCUGCAUGACCAAGGAUGAUCAAUAUAUUGCCUUUGUCCUGUCUCGGUGGCUCGCUGGUCUGUUUGCUUCGGUAUCCAUGACUGUCGGCGCCGGGAUCAUCCUCGACAUUUUCUUCCUGCACCAGCGUGGGAAGGCCUUUGCACUUUAUUCGGUGGUCACCCUUUUUGGGGCACUCUUCGCUCCGGUGGUCAGUGGCUUUAUCGUAGAAACUACCUCGUGGCCCGUUCAGUUCUGGUGGUGCGUGGGCGGGCUCGGAUUUGCCUGUGUCCUCAUUCUUUUCUUCAUGGAAGACACGACGUAUGAUCGCUCCAACUCCGACGAGGGGGCCGAGCCACUGAAACAAUCCUACGUCGCAAAUCGCAUCGACCAUCUCUUCCCAGGCAACAAGGUCGUCACGACCACCGGCAAAACUUCACCAUGGUCAGUAUUCAUCGUUGCAAUCUGCCCUCCGAUCUUGAUCGCCGGCAUGGGUCUCAUUCUCACCUUCAGCUGGGUUGUUGGUGUCAACAUCACCCUUGCGGAUUUUCUCCAAACACCAGUUGAACUCGGGGGUUAUGGCUUCACCGCUCAACAGAACGCCGAGUUCACGUUCGCACAGUGGGUAUCGUUCCUGACGGCAGAACUAUAUGGGUUCCUCCUGAGUGAUCGCGCAGCCUUGUGGAUAUGCCGCCGCCACGGGGGCAUCUGGAAACCCGAAUAUCGACUCUUUCCCACUAUCCUCGCACCAGCCAUUGCUCUACCAGUCGGUCUGAUUAUCUUCGGCGUCACUCUCAAGUAUCACCUCCAUUACAUGGUCCUGGCUCUCGGCCUCUACCUGGCAACCUUUGCCGACAUGGCCAUCGUCCCGGUCCUCACCAACUACCUCGCCGAGUGCUUCACGGGCUACGUGGUGGAGACGUACACCUGCCUGUGGAUUUUCCGCCUGGUGCUCGGAGUGGCCCUCCCGUUCUUCAUGACCGAGUGGCUGGCGAGAACCGGCCCGGCCUGGACCUUUGGCAUCAUGGCGAUCAUGUCCUGCGUGGGUGGCGGCCUUUUCCUCCUUCUUGCGUGGAAAGGCCAUGAGAUCCGGGAAUAUUCAUUCAAACGACACGUGUUCAAGAGGUUCAUUCAUACCGAGGAAGGUGUGCAGGUCGUCCGCGCUUCACUCCAAGGACCUCAGCCAUAG